GGCAUGCGAGUCAAUUUUAUUUAAACCAACCGAUUCCAUGGGUAAAAACAUGAACGGAAAGUUGAAGGAAUGAAGGGUGGGGCGAGAAUCGGAAUUCAAGUUGGUAAGGAGCGCACAUAAAAAAUAAAUUUCAUUGAAGAAAUAAAUUAGCGCGAUAUUUUUCCUAUAAAUCAAAUUAAAAAUGUAGAAACAGAUGGUUAAUGGAGAUUAGUGGACCACAUUCAAAACCCUGGGAUUGGGAUUGGGAUUGGGAUUGGAAGCAGGUGAUUGGAUCUCUCUCCUCGCUCUCUCUUUCGCUCUCCGGUAAGCUAGCGUCUUCCUUAUCCUGCUCCCGCCACACUUUUCUUCCAUGUGUCAUUUUCCGUCUGAUUACUGAGAUUUUCUGGGGAAAGUAAAUAACAGAUCCUAAUGAUCAUAAAAGGGUUGUUUAGAAGAUAUGAAAGAUGGAAUCCUGUGCAUCCAACAUCCGGAGCCUUUUGGGGCAUGGGGAUAGGCAUUGGUUGUGGUGUUGGAUGGGGUCCUGGGUUUGGCCCUGAGGUGAUUGGGUAUGUGGGAGCUGGUUGUGGUGUUGGAUUUAGUGUUGGCAUCACUCUGGCUGGUGUUGGUAUUGGUCUUCCUGCAAAUUGCCUUAUUGAAGUUCCUUAUAAUGCCUUUAUAGCAACAAGAAAUGGUGCUUUGGAGUUUACCCGAAUGAGUGGUCUUCUUUCCAUGGGAAACGCUGCAGGGGAUGGCCUGAACAACAUUGUAUCACACAUCUCUGGUUUGCAAAGAGAAGCCAGUGGCAGGUUCUCUAGCUUUAAGGGUAGACAUAUCUUGAACAGAGGGGUAGAUUUAUGUGACUCGAAGAGCUUAAUGCUUCAUUCUAGGUCUAUUUUGGAACGUAUAAGAACAUCUGGUUGCAGCUUCUUUCAUGGUCGGAGAGGUUUAAAGGAUUAGUGCAUGUCAUGUGAGAAUUGUCCAUAUGCAUUUGAAGUCACUGCAAUAACCUAGGGAGACCUGGAUCUACUUGAUAUGAGAGGGAUUUUUUAUUUUUUAUUUUUUUUAUUCCUAUUCUCCCUCCUUGUUAAUUUGUUUGUAAUUUUUGUUCUCUCUUUAUAGAUUGCUUUCUAUGGUAUAUACAACAUAUACAUAGUAGAUGUUUGUUAUUAUGUACAAAAUUGUCAUCCAUUUUCUUCCCA